AUGCGACCCCGAAAGCGACCACGUUUGUAUUUCCACGACUCUGCCACGCCAGAACCGGACGCCGAACUCGAGCAUGCAAGACAGAGGAACGACGAUUUGCUGAAAUCUCGCUGGGAAAACAUAUUCAGGAAAUACGGCAGGGACUUCACGGGUAUUGCUGACGAGAUCGGCGUCAUUAGCGGUGAGGUGGAGAUAGACAAUGGCCAUAUCCAGUCUAUGCAGUACGAGUGGGAAACGAGCGAAGAGCAGAAUGUUAAUUCCAGCUUCGAUGGAAAGAGGAUGUUACGAGCUAUGACUGAGGUCAAUUCUGAAGGCUCAACGCCUGUCUCUGUUGAAGACGAGGUUCUGGAGAGCAUCGAGUCUAUUGCAGGCGUUGCUAUGCUGAGUGACGUUUCCUCUGAAGAUAGUUUGUUCCUUACUGAGUCACGGGCACUAUCGCUCGAGCACGAUGAGCUCUCGCAAGAGUAUUACGAAGAGCGACAUGGUACAGCUAGCAGCCACGGCACCGACGACUUAGAAAACCUACCGCUCCAGCCUCGCACUGCACGAUCGCCGAGCCCAGAUGACCUGUUCGAUACUCAACGCGACUCGAGUGCUGCGCAGAGGACUUCCUCCCUUACCGUCUCAGAGUUCGAAACACCCCCUACCCCUGCACCGGCUGCCAGCAUCUACAAAUCCACCAUUAGAGCUGAGGUCAGACGCAUCCUAGAGGAAGAGAGGGGGCACCAGAUGGAAAUGGAGGAGGAAAUGAUCGAACCCGCAUGGAGGAUACCUGUACGUCUACCAUCCUCCUCCAGAUUAUUACCUAGGAUAGUCUCGACCGAGAGAAGUCCGAGCGAGUGGGAGAACGAGACGACCUCUGCUCUCGAUCCCUCAAGCUGGGCAGGCCUAUCACGAGCUCAACAGUCCAAGCGACAGGCCGUUAGACCACAAAAACGCAGGAGAUUUAGAGAUGAAUCCGAGGACCCAUUACAAGAGGGCUUCUCGUCCGAACCAGAAACGCAAUCACGUGCUGUGUCUCGCGAUAGAUCAGCACAGUCACCCUCAACAUCAGCCUAUUUUGAAGCACAGCUUAGGCAGCGAUCCGAAACACAGACGACGUCUCGACAGAGUUCGAGGCAGAUGUCAUCAACUCCAUGGCCAAUCGAGUCGGAGAGACCAGAUCCGGCGUCGCUAUCCAGAAAAGUCUGGAACAUGGACGAUGCUGUUGCUACUGUGGAAACACGUACAGCCUACCAUGUUGACUACGGUUCUCAUCGGCGUGGUAUGCAUUCUGCGGUCACGCCAAGACACAACGAAGCUGCUGUUCCCGAUUGGAGUCCUGAAGAGGAGUCUGACAACGACGGCUGGAUAUACGACCAGGAGCCAAACCCGUCAAGCAUCAAUCGGAGGAGUCGAUACCUAUCUGAACAGCCUGAUCCUCAGUCAGUGCUUGGCGACAUGUCUGUCGAAUAUGCAGGUAAAUUUACGUUGGAUACUCAAAAGAGAAGGAGCAGCAGGCGUUCUGCCCCUCGUCUCCGAUUCACGGCUCCGGAAUCAUCACAAGACAAGAGCAAUCACCCAUGGCAACAACCCGUCACACGUUCUGGCAAGCCGCUUGGCAAAAAGUCUUUGAAACAAAGAAAGGUUAACUCGGUAAAAUUCGUCGAAUCAGCGACAAGUCUGAACGAGACAUUGGCCGAGCCAAGUUAUGUCGAGCAAUGUCCUAACCCAGAUGACCCAGUCGUGAAAGAGAUAGAGAGACAAAAAGUCUUCAAACCGAUGAACGAGGGUAUCUGUUACUACUGCAAUGGUAACCACCUCGACAAGAACGGAGUCGGCGCGCACUGGGACAGAGUUCUGACCAAUUUCGCUGUGCGGACGCUCGACGAUGAGGAUCCACACGAUAUCGAGUUCAUUCAUGCUGUCCGAUCCAAGGUGGAGCGAAGGACGCGCCCGGCCAAAACCUGCGUUGCUGACUUCAAAGCAAUGAUACAGUUGCAUGAGGGCAGUGGCAUGUCUUUCAAGGAUAUCGUUGCAUCCCACUUACUGAUCACUACCAAAGGUGCCGACCGACUUCAGAGUGAAUAUGACGUGUACCGCCAGCCAGCGCAAACACCGCGUCAAUGGACGACCGAAGAAGUGGACAAGCUCAAAGAGCUCGUGAAUAGGCAUUUGACCACAGGAAACAAGCAGAUCACUAUAAUCAGCUUGUAUAGACAAUCAAAGCUACCCAAGACAGUGACCUUCGUUGACCUUGGCAAUAAGCUGGCUGAGAUCUUCCUAGAGGAAUAUGCCACGAGCGGUGAGCAGUUUAUUGAGGAGCUUCGAACGUACAGGAGUCGCUCCUGGAGAUCGAACCCGACAGAUGGCGAAGGACAGGCUGGGGCCUCUGUUGUUGAUCCUGCUCUGACUGACACUAUUAAGAAGGAGUCGGCUCAGGAGCCAGUGGUGACCUCUCAUGCUAUUGAAAUCGCUGUGCAGGACGAUCAGGCAACGUAG